AUGGCAGACCCACUUCAUUUCUGUGAGACUCACAAUGGACCUAUUUGUCAGGGAGUCAAUGGCUUCAAAAGCGUCGUGAACGGUUUUUUGGGUGACGGCGAGAACACCAGUGCCCCUCCGACCACCUCCAACAAUGAUACUCCCCAGGCAACACCGCCCCCAGCAGAAGUCGUCACCUCGGCACCAGAGACAACAACUCAAGCACCGGCCCCGCUUCCACCUCCACCUCCGCCUCAGCUUGCCCCGGCAGUCAUCACAGCUUCUUCACCAGCUGAGACCGCAACAGUGUCUUCCGCAUCUCGGACAAGUACUGUGACCGAUGUCAUCGCGCCGCCUCCCCCACCUGACCUGCUGUCACCUCCACCACAGGAGCCUAGCACAAGCACACCUACUCAAUCGACGUCGUCAACACCUCUCGCCGCAUUGACGAGCACUUCAUCACGAGGCUCUUUCAUAGAAGUACUUCCAACCAGGACACCGACUGCUUUCAGCCUCAUCAGCAAUCCUAUCAUUCCGAGCAUAUUCGUUAGCUCAGGAUUUACGUCAGUGACGGUCAGUCCCGGAACUACGGCACUAUCGCCGGCGACAGAGACGGUGACAGCGCAACCCCUAAUCUCGGCAGGGACCUCGCAGGGAGCCAUCUCAGACAGAACAACGGAGUUUCCAGCCGCUCUUGUGGGUGGAGUAUCUGGUGGAGUAGUCGCCUUCAUUGUAGUGUUCGCCCUUUUUUGGAGGUAUUGUCUCAGGAAACAGUAUCGGAGCAGGCACGCACAAAGUGUUGCUGAUGAGAAGGGAUUGGAUCAAACUCUCGACCACUUUCCCGCUCCACCUCUCAAGCACGGAGUGACCACCCACAUAUCGAAAGGCUCACCAUUCGUGGAACCAGAUCAUGCAAGAUUCUCAUUGGCCGCAACAGAAGUCUCAUUGGACUCCAACCUGGAGCCUCUGAGUCCUAAACCAGCGAUACAACAGACCGUCUUCAGAAUGAGCGUGCCCGUCCCGGUCGAAGCGAGCAGUUUCCGCGCCAUUUCAAAAGAAGGCAGCAUGCGUGGCUCCUUUUCACCGCCGUCGUCCACACACCGGCAAACAAUUCUACGGGAGCCGCCUACAAGACAAGGGCGGAAGAGUAUCGACAGACUAUCAACGCGACCCCCAAGGCCCGGUACAGAUUCCUACUCUAGACGAGAGGAUCUUCCAGCUCAAGCAGAAGAAGGCGAGGAGACGGGAGAGUCGAAACAGAUACCACGAUCGAGCUCACCAGGAGAGGAGGGGCCCGGGCUGCAAAGGCAAUACACUUUGAGGACCUCGCCACUUCACCAGAAUCCAUUCAAGGACCCGGCUGACGAGGAAAUACCAGUUGAGAGUCCGACAUCCAUGGUCUUUGAGAUUGUCAAUGCAGACACGCCGCCAGUAAGAGUCACAUUGAAACGUUUGUCUGAGCCUCAGGACGAGGAUUUCGAUAACGAAUCUCUGUAUCCGGCGCGUGUCUUGGAAAAAGAAGAACAGCCGAAGAAAUGA